AUGGAUUCCGGCAAUCCUGUUGCUCCCGCGUUCCUUCCCAAUCCGAUGGGAAGACACGGCCACACUAGCCAAGUCAAUGGCCAUGCUGCUGCUGACCCGAACUCUAUCAUGAACCAGUUUGCCAAUAUGAGCUUAUCCAGCAUGAACGUUCCCAACAGUGCUGGCCCCCUACACCUGCCACCUGGUCACGCUUUUAUGAUGGGACCUGACGGCCAUCUCAUGGUAACUCCGAUGCACGGCCAACCCAUGGCGCUCGGUAGUGGCAGCGAAUCCUUAUACCCCAACUUCUCUGUCGCUUCGAACGCUUACGGUGCUCCCUAUGUGGGUUUGCCUGUCCCUGUCAUGCCUUACACUCCGAACCGCAUGGCAUCCUCAGGACCUGCUAUGGAACGAGGACACUCUGAUGUACCAGCACUGGAGAACCGUCGCGGAUCUUAUUCCACCACCGAAUCAACCCCUGCAACCCCAUUUUAUGGUAACGCUCAUCGUGAUGGUGCCCGUGUGGCCAGCCUCGACAGAUCCUCUUAUACGACCCCAUCUCCACAACAGAUUGGAAUGGCGUCCCUCCAUGCGGAAGGCUCAAAGGCUACAAUCCCGACGAUUUCAGACCGUAGUCUGGAUGAAUUAAUGAAGAAGGAACCUGCUAUUCCCAAAGCAGUUCCGGCAGUCUUUACUCCCGCCGGGCAGAUGAAGAACGUGGACCAAAGCCUUGAAAAUCGCAUCUCGGGCAACCGCAACGUUUACAUCCGUGGCCUUCACCCGACCACAGAUGAUGAGUUGUUGUAUCAUUUUGCCUCUCGUUUUGGGCCCGUUGAGACUUCCAAGGCAAUCAUUGAUACCGGAACCGGUGCCUGCAAAGGUUUUGGCUUCGCGAAGUUUUUCGAAGCCGCAGACUCGGAACUUUGCAUCCGGGGAUUUCACCGACUUGGAUACGAAGUUGGAUUCGCUAGAGAGUCCUUUAACUCUCGCCUCAAGGCCGAAGGAGACGACCAGUCGACCAAUUUGUACAUCUCCAAUUUACCCAAAACUCUUACUGAAGUUGAACUUGGUACUAUUUUCCUCGGCUAUACCAUUUUAUCUAGCAAAAUCCUCCGCGAUAGCAUGGGCAACAGCAGAGGUGUUGGCUUUGCUCGAUUCGAGAACCGCGAGGUUUGUGACGAAGUAAUUCGCAAGUUUAACGGCGUUGGUAUUGGGGAAGAAGGGCUGCUGAUGAACAUUCGUUACGCUGAUACCCCAGCCCAAAAGGAGUUGAAGCGGGUGACUGCUGAGCGUCGGCAGUUCCGCACCAAUGAAUAUAACAUUGGUGCAUACGGAACGCCUCUUGUUGGUCUCAAUCCGGCAAUGUACGGCCAGCAAUCCCAGUGGCGGAGAUCUAUUCCACAGUCUCGCAGUGGACUUUCAGCCUCAUCAAGCGGAGAUGCAAAUGUGCAGAGACCCUCGGAUGCCCACAAUGGACCUCCCGAGACGGCCCUCGAUGGAGAAGCAGAUGUAGCUGCAACCUCGACUCUCAGUGAAUCUGAGUGUGACGAAGGUGCAACGAUCCGACCUGAUCCAAUUGAUCCAGCCGCUGCUAGCGAAGUUGUUAUCCCCUCUCAUUCCCCCCUAAAGCCCGCUGCCUCUAAGUAG